AUAAUAGGAUAUGCAGUAAAAAAAAUUAAAUAAUUAUUUUUCAUUGAUUCACCGCAAACAGGCAUGUAAUGCAUGGGCAAAUGCAGUAAAAACUUCCGAUCAAGAAUAAUAUAAAGUAGCAUCAGACACAAGAUAUAAUAACAUAGUACUACUGUGGGGUCUGGAACCGAAAUCAUAGCUCUCAUAACACCCCUAUAAAAUCCUCCCAAAUGUGAUCCAAGUGUUGGCAGCACAUCUCACUCACUCUCUCUAGCAGUUGGAAACAGGGCCGAAACAAUAUUUCCAAUCAUCACAUAGAAGCAAAAAAGCAAGUAAAAAAGAGAUGCUGGCCAAGAAAACACAAGAACGGCCAACAAAGGAAGAGGUCCUGAAAGAGUUGAAAAGAACAGCAGACAUUGUAUAUCCUAUACUAGCCAUGGGUCUAGUUUCCUAUAUCAAAAAUAUGAUAUUAGUUGCGUGCAUGGGAAGACUGGGGAGCCUGGAGCUAGCAGGUGGUGCACUAGCAAUCGGCUUUACAAACAUAACUGGCUACUCAGUUCUUUCAGGUUUAGCCAUGGGAAUUGAGCCACUCUGUAGCCAAGCUUUUGGAUCUAGAAACCUGGACCUACUCUCACUCACAAUUCGAAGAACCAUUCUCCUUUUGCUUAUAGUUUCAUUACCAAUCGGGUUGGUAUGGUUUAAUCUUGACCUAAUUCUCACGUUCUUCCUGCAUCAGAACCAGGAAAUAACACAUAUUGCAAGCCUCUAUUGUCGAUUCUCCCUUCCAGACCUUAUUUCUAACAGCUUUCUCCACCCAAUACGUAUCUACUUAAGAAGUAAAGGGAAGACUUGGCCUUUAAUGUGGACCACUACAAUUGCAACACUUUUCCACCUUCCUAUCACUGCUUUCUUAGCUUUCACCCUUUCACUUGGUGUCCGAGGCAUCGCUAUAUCCAAUCUCAUCUCCAACUUCAUUACCUUGUUCUUACUUAUAUCCUACAUCAUCAUCUACAACCACACUGAUCAAAAUCAUGAUCUUCCAUUGUGUCAGCCACUGAUAAAGACAAACAAUAACCGAACUUCGAGUUUUUUGGCAGGUGAGGAGUGGGGAAAGUUAAUUCAACUCGCCAUGACGAGUUGUCUAGCUGUCUGCCUUGAGUGGUGGUGGUACGAGCUGAUCAUGACCCUUGUAGCUGGUUACCUAGAGAAUCCGCAAAUAGCAUUAGCGACGUCAGCCAUCAUUAUACAAACCACCUCCAUAAUGUACACACUGCCUUCUGCACUUAGUACGGCGGUUUCUACUAGGGUGGGGCAUGAAUUAGGAGCAGGCAGGCCAGAAAAGGCCAGCUUGGCCACAGAGGUGGCGAUUGGGAUGGCCCUUGUGACAUCAACUUUUGGAUUCGUGCUGACUACCUUGGGGAGACAAGUAUGGGGGAGAGUCUUCACUGAGGAUAGUGAAGUGUUAGAGUUAACUGUCUCUGUUCUACCUAUUAUUGGAUUAUGUGAGCUGGCAAAUUGCCCACAAACCACAUGCGGUGGGGUUUUGAGAGGAACAGCAAGGGCUAGUGUUGGAGCAGCUAUAAAUUUCUAUUCGUUUUAUUUGGUGGGUGCACCUGUUGCUAUUUUCUUAGCUUUUUAUUGGAAACUUGGUUUUUUGGGACUCUCUUAUGGGCUUCUGGCAGCACAAGUGGCAUGUGUAAUCUCAAUCUUCAUUGUCAUAUACAGAAUGGAGUGGGACAGGGAAUCACUUAAGGCCAAGUACCUGGUGGGUACUAAUAAUACUACUGCACUUUCAUAUGAAGAGCAGACAGUAUUGAUAUGUGAAGAAGGGCCUAUGUUUCUCCAAGAAAAACCCAACACGUGA